AUGGAUUACAGAGAUUCCGAGGACAGUCAACCAAAGUACAGAGGAAUCCGUCGCCGGAAAUGGGGAAAAUGGGUAUCGGAGAUUAGAGUUCCGGGAAGUCGUGACCGUCUCUGGCUAGGCUCAUUCUCCACCGCAGAAGGCGCCGCCGUGGCACACGACGUAGCUUUCUACUGUUUACACCAACCAAACUCACUUGAGUCUCUCAAUUUACCUCACCUUCUUCCUCCUUAUAUCGCUUCCAUUACUUCGCCGAGAUCUGUCCAGCAAGCUGCUUCCAAUGCCGGAAUGGCCGUUGACGCUGGAAUCGUUAACAGUAAUGGCGUUUCAGGGAACUCUGGGUGUGGAGAUACGACGAAGUGUUGUGAGAAUGGUGGUGAAGUAGUGGAGCCGUUGAAUAUUUCAGUGUAUGAUUAUCUGGACGGUCACGAUUGGUCUUCUUCUUUUUGA